CAGCCAGGCGGUUUUCCAGCCUGGUGUGUCUGACAAGUGCCCUCCUUGGCCGAGGGCUGAGGAUGAAUCCCAGGGGCACGUGCCAUUUGCGAGGCAGGACGCGCGUCAUGACUGUCACCGGCUUAAUGGCUGGCAUCCCGCUCUACCUGCCAGAGUGCCGCCGGCACCCACGGCCGAGCGCCCUGACCGGGCUCUGCUCCGCAGCCACAGGCAAACCCAGGUGGGUACAGGAGGAGGCUGGGAUGCACCAGGGCUCGGGGGUACUGCGACAAGUGCCUGAGAGUGGGAGGGGAAUGGUACAGUGAGACAGAAAUACUGGCAGCAAUGUACAUGGGGCAUGGGGUGUAUAUAUGAUGGGGCAUGGAGUUAUAUAUAUGAUAUGGUUUACAGUUUCAUGGUGGAGGCAUGUGGUUUGUUGUAGGGUAUGAUAGGCUCUAGGGCUUCAUGGUAGGGGCAUGUGGUGUGUUAUAGGGUAUGAUAGGCCCUAGGGUUUCAUGGUGGGGGCAUGUGGUGUGUUAUAGGGUAUGAUAGGCUCUAGGGUUUCAUGGUAUGGUGGGCCUACCAUUGGGGAGGGUGGGAUCGGGACGCUUGGGGACAGUGCAUUGCUCCCGCCGCUCAUGGUCCGUUUCUCCUCCACGGCAGGGCUCCGAGGGGCUAGCCAGGUGCCAGGGGCCCGUUCUCCCACUGGCAUGGAGACAUGGUCCCGGCRCGGAGCUGCCUUCGACUGCGUGCCCCAGCCGGCAGCCUGCUGCCCUGACUGGAUGGCGGAGCUCCCCGACGCCCUGCCYCUCUCCCGCCUCUCCAUCCCCGGCACCCACGACUCCCUCAGCCUGUUCGGCGGCCGCCGCCUACGGUGCCAGAGCUGGGGCCUGGAGGCCCAGCUGGCGGCCGGCAUCCGCUUCCUGGACGUUCGCUGCAAGCUGUGGCGGGGCGAGCUCCGCAUCUACCACCUGUGCACCUUCCAGCGGGCCAGCCUGCGGGGCGUCCUGCGCCGCACCCUGCGCUUCCUCCGCGCCCACCCCGGCGAGGCCGUGCUUAUGCGCAUCAAGGAGGAGCUGCCCAUCUUCUCCCGGCCCGGCUUCGCCGCCCAGCUGCACCGCUGCCUGCUGGAGGAGGGACAGGGCUGUGUGUGGUGCCGGGAGGAGGUGCCCACGCUGGGCCAGGUGCGCGGGAAGAUCGUGGUGCUGGAGGCGCUGGCGCGGGAGGUGCUGGGCAUCCCCUACGAGCAGCUGAGCAUCAGCGACGCCUGGAACGUGCUCUCCCUGGAGCGCAAAUGGGCCCGGGCGCGGCGGCACCUGGAGAAGGCGGCCGGCGGAGACCCCACCACCAUGUACCUCACCUUCUGCUCCGGCAAUGGGCUCUUCACCUGCCCCGAGGAGGUGGCCCGCUUCGUGAACCCGCGCUGCUGCCAGCACCUGCGGCGCCGCGCCGGGCAGCCCGUGCGCUGGGGGGUGGUCAUCAUGGACUUCCCCGGCGCAGGCCUGCUCCGGCUCAUCGUGGAGAGCAAYGGAGCCAAAGGACACGGCACAGCGGCCCCCGGCACCCCCACGGUGCCCUCCCGGCACCUCCGCGGCAAAGGCGACACGCCGCAGCCGGCACAGCUCCGCUCGCUGCCCGCGCCGCUGUCCCUCGGGAAGGACGCUGCUGCCGGCCCCGCGCCUCGGCCGAAGGACGUCAGUGCCUGUAGGGCAAAAGCGGGGUUCUAGGUCUUGCAGAGCGCCGGGAAGCCUUCGUGUGACAAUGGUGUGACAGCCGCAGAGGCAGCAGAGGAGGGCCGGCUGUGGUCGGAGCGGAGCGGAGCUGCGCCCUGCCCUGAGGAGCCAGGUACGGUGCCGGUGCGGGGCUGGGCCAGCGGCGACUUCACAGCGCAGCACGGGGAUGGGUGAGGGUAGAGGGUCCUGCCUCACCUCCUGUCAGGCCAGUGAGUCCUCCCAAAACACCUCUCUGAAAAACAGUCCUUUUCCUUUCAAGGGUAAAUAAAAAUAAAAAAGCUAGGAAAGCACUGCCUCUGUUGCCUUGCCGUUUCCUAUCAGAAAAGUGUAGAAAAGACCUUUUGCUUUUGCUGCUUAGAUGUGAAGGAGCCUGUACCACUCUGACCACGGAUAAAGCACAGUUUAAUUUGUGUCUGUGACCAUCUUGAUCUUAAAGCAGAGCUGCAAGAGGUCAGAGGAGUGGGAAUUAGGUGGCAACAAGUGGUUAGGACAUCCUUCCUCUCAUUAUUUUGGCCUUUGUUUCUUCCUU